GAGUUUUCUUCCUUUUCACCGCUCGUUGGGAUUCGGGCGAAGGACCUUCUGGGCGGACGAUUGUUUGGGGAGCAUGUCCUACCCCGGAAACUCCAUGGGACUGGGAUAUAUGCCGCCCCAUUGACCCCCCAAAGCACCCCUGGCCUGAUCGGCAAAUAUGGCAGUCCCAUGGAUUGUUUGGGUGAACCCACCAUGAUGUUCUCUACUUCGAAGCGUGGCACGCGUGGUGCGAUGGAGAGGGUGAACCACGAAAGAGCGGAUUGGUCCUGUGAAGUAAGCAAGCUAUACAUGCCAGGACCGAUGGGGUGGUCAACAGAGACCCUUGAAGUGCCUGGAAACUGAAAGUCUGAUUCAUCCUUAUUCAUGGACACCCCGUAUACGGGGUCUAGGUAUGCCUCGCCUUCAUGCCGAAGCCUCCUGCUGGUCCGAACAUCCACCUCAGUUGGCUGUAGCCUUGGAUCCAGUUGUGAACGGUAGAAUUUCGCCAUGGCAACUUGGCGCAGGCAGCGACUUUGCCUGGGCUUCAUCCUGGUGCUUUUCUCGGUCAAGUUGGCCACUCCCUUUGUUUCAGCUCCGCCAGGGCUUUCACUGAGGGCCUCCUACCUCUCCCAAGCUCGACAUCGAAGCAGUGUGAUCUGUCGGGAACGGCUUCAGGAUCUUCCGGGCUUUGGCAUGAUCAGCACUGAGACUGAGACGGUGAGGUACGAGGACUCAAACUUUCUCAAUCUCUAUUUGCGCUAUUUGAAUGAUCGGGAACCACCCUCUCAGGAGGAGGUGGAUGAGGGGUUGGAGAACCUUGGACUGAUCACGUUGAAGCAGCUUGAGGAGGAGAACGGGAGUCAUCCGGGCAUGCUGAAAGCACAGAAACUGGGCGUGGCAGCCAAGGCCGUAUGUCUAUACACUUCGGAUUAUAUUUACGAAGAGCUGGCUGCUGCUUUGCGCGAGGAUUGCUACGAAGAGCUGCAGGACUUCAUGCCGCUCAUCAGGGCAAUCAACUGCUACAUCUUUUCCAAGGCAGAGCGAAUUCCUCGUGUGACCCAUCGGGGCAGCCAUGUGCAGCCCGAUGUGCUUGAGGACCUAGAGCCAGGAAGCUCCUUCCAUGUGCCGUCUUACUUGUCAACCUCAGAAAGUGAGGAGGUGGCAAAAGAGUUCGCAGAUCCCUACAUGGUGAAGCUCAAUUUGCCACCAGGAUACGGGCGCAGCAUAGCAGAUGUGAGCUUGCAACCACAGCAGAAAGAGGUGCUCCUUCCACCGUACACGUGCGUGACAUUGAAGCGCAAAGAAAAGGGUGUCCUCGAGUGCGAUGUGAAAGUUGCGCCUUUCCGCAAUACCGUCUAUGCUCAUGCCUGGAACGCGGUGCAGUCGGCUGCGAAGACGCCACUGCCCACAGGUUCAAAAACCGGGAUGUACCUCAGCAACUCCUAGACUUAGAAUAAGAUCAAGCUGCAUUGAUUUUGUGGUGCAUGCAGGAGGAGAAAGGUCGUGCUCGACCAAUCCGAGCCG